CCAUUUUCUUCCAUGUUCACCCGCCGCCUGUAAGAACAAGAGGGACAAGGUUAGAGAGAGAGAGAGAGAGAGUGAAGAAGAAGAAGUUGCAUUCUUUUCACCAAACCAAAAGCCAUAAUCUUCAUCAUCUUCAUUCAAAGAUUUUCUCUUCUCUUGUUGUUACAAACAAACACAAUCCUAAUCUUAUUGUCUCCAUUUGAUUGAACCAUUUCUAGACCAAGCAAGAGGGUACUUUUCUCAACUUGUUGAAGGGUCUAUAAAAAGAAAAACCCUUUUGAGGCUAGACAAAGAGCUCCAAAGGGUACCCAGAAAAGCAGUAAAGGAAGAACCUUGUAAACCCCGUCAUUGUGAACAAGACUAGCAGCAAAGAAGAAAUGAAGUAUGUGUUGGUGACUGGUGGUGUUGUCAGUGGACUUGGCAAAGGAGUCACUGCAAGUAGUAUUGGACUACUCCUUCAGGCCUGUGGUCUUCGAGUUACUUCUAUCAAGAUUGAUCCUUACCUGAAUACUGAUGCCGGUACAAUGUCUCCAUUUGAGCACGGGGAGGUGUUUGUCUUAGAUGAUGGCGGUGAGGUUGACCUUGAUCUUGGAAACUAUGAGCGUUUCUUGGACCUCAAAUUAACUCGUGACAAUAAUAUCACUACUGGAAAAAUAUAUCAGUUUGUCAUUGAGAAGGAGAGAAGAGGAGAUUAUCUUGGAAAGACUGUUCAGGUUGUUCCACACAUAACAGAUGCCAUCCAAGAGUGGAUAGAGCGCGUAGCCAAGAUACCAGUUGAUGGAAAAGAAGGACCAGCUGAUGUUUGUGUCAUUGAAUUGGGUGGGACUAUAGGGGAUAUUGAGUCCAUGCCUUUUAUUGAAGCGCUAGGCCAAUUUUCAUACCGCGUAGGCUCUGGCAACUUCUGUUUGGUUCAUGUCAGCCUGGUUCCUAUUCUCAAUGUUGUUGGUGAACCGAAAACAAAACCAACUCAGCACAGUGUUCGUCAACUUAGAGGAUUAGGUUUGGUCCCUAAUCUUCUUGCUUGUCGCUGUUCAAAGGAACUUGAUGACAAUGUUAAGGCAAAACUUUCUCAAUUUUGCCAUGUGCCGUUGUCAAACAUUCUUACUCUUCAUGAUGUUCCAAAUAUUUGGCACAUUCCUUUGCUUUUGAAAGACCAGAAGGGGCAUGAGGCGAUCCUGAAAGCAUUAGACCUGAUAGGUGUUGCUAAAGAGCCUAGUUUGAAGGAAUGGACCGCCAGGACAAAAGUUUAUGACAAAUGUCAUGAAAGUGUUAGAAUUGCGAUGGUAGGAAAAUACACUGGCCUUUCAGAUGCAUAUCUUUCUGUUCUGAAGGCACUUCUGCAUGCUGCGGUUGCUCACAAUCGUAAACUUAUUGUGGACUGGGUUCCAGCUGGGGAUCUUGAAGAUGCUACUAACAAAGAGGAUCCUAACGCACAUAAAACUGCUUGGAGUCUUUUGAAGGGUGCAAAUGGGGUUCUAGUUCCAGGAGGUUUUGGUGAUAGAGGAGUGCAAGGGAAAAUCCUUGCAGCUAAGUAUGCUCGAGAACAUAAUGUUCCAUAUCUGGGCAUUUGCUUGGGGAUGCAAAUUGCUGUGAUUGAGUUUGCUCGAUCUGUUCUGGGUCUGCACGAUGCUACUAGCACAGAAUUUGAUCCCGAAACGAAGACCCCUUGUGUCAUAUUUAUGCCAGAAGGCUCAAAGACACAUAUGGGAGGAACUAUGCGUCUUGGUUCAAGGAGAACUUACUUCCAAGUUGCUAGCUGCAAAUCUGCUAAAUUGUAUGGUAAUGUAAGCUUUGUUGAUGAGCGACAUCGGCACAGAUAUGAGGUUAAUCCUGACAUGAUAUCAGAGCUAGAGAGUGCCGGUCUAUCUUUUGUUGGAAAAGAUGAAACUGAGCGGCGGAUGGAGAUAAUAGAACUGCCUAGCCAUCCCUUUUUUAUUGGCGUUCAGUUUCACCCUGAGUUCAAGUCUAGACCAGGGAAACCUUCUCCACUCUUUUCAGGAUUAAUAGCAGCAGCAUGUGAAGAAAGGAGGACAGUUAUGGUGCAGCCAAGUAAUGGCCAUGCCAAGUUAGCUAGUGGAAUACGCAAUGGUCACUCGCCAAUUCGUAAAGCACAUCAAAAUGGAAAUGGCUUCAAAUCAUCCAAAGGUUCUUUAAACAGUGUAUAUGCCAAUGGCAAUGGGGUGUACGUGGAAGGUAGUUGUUAGUCAUCGUGCAUGUUUGGGUACACGGUUGAUUUUCACACUGGAAGGAGUAAUGAUUCUGUGAGAAGCUAGCAAAAUUAAUUCUGCAAAAUCUGAACGUGAUUCCAAACAUGCUGCUAAUCAUCUAUGUUCGCUGCGUAAGAAUAAUAGUGGUAUGGUUAUAUCCAACUCCAAGGACAUUCUUUGUUGUCCUCGGUUGCCCUGUACAGUUAGUGAGUGGCUAGGUCUUUUAGCUAGGGGUUGUUUGUCUCCAGCGUGAAACAAAUUUUGAGUCUAACAACAGCUUUUGUGUUUCCUAGUACGGUUGUGCUAGCCAUCACUAGUUUCACAUUUGUCAAAUGUUGGCCAAAACUAUACUCACUUGCUCAUGCCGAAUAUUUGGGCUUUGGUGGCUUUUUCUUGCUUUUUAGGAUUUUUGUUUAAGUAUACAGGUUGAAGGUGAAAAUUUACUGGUUUAUUUUCUGAGUGGCUGUCAAUGUAAAACUCUUAUGAACAUUGAAGUUGAAUUUUGUUUGGUGCA